GUAAAUACAUAUAUAAUGUGAAAACCAAUUAACGGAUGAAUGAUAAUCAUUGCAUCACUGCUUUGGUGGUAAUGUCAUCAUCGAUGGUCAUCAUUGGUAUUGUUGUUGAAGAUAAUAAUAAUAACAAAUGAAAUACAAGUUAAAGUACGAAAAACAAGUGGCCGUCAGUCGCCGAUUGCAACGGAGAUUGACGGCUACCGAGUCUAUGUUGGCCAUUGCCGACCAAAAGUUUGCCGUAAUGUCCGAAGCGUUUGACAUUUCCCAGAAGUUGGUCCAACAUUUGCGUACAGAAAACCAGUUGCUGAAGUCGGCUAACGAUAUGCUUGCACCCGAUACCUGUCCGAUGAUGGCCAUCGACAUGCCAAUGGUACCGAUGUUGGCCAUUGAAGGUCCACCGAUMCCACUAGCAUUGCCACCGCCGCCGCCGUCUCUACCGUUAGCGCCUCCACCGCAAACGUCGGCUAUAAAUGAAGAGUCUUCAUUGUCGGCCAACCCGAGGACAGUUAGUAUAGAUUUGGCCUCAGAUUUAGAUGACAUGAAUAACAACAACAACAACAAUGAUGUCAAUAAUGAGCCGACAGUUGGCACAGCCGCCGAUAGCCAACAAUCACCAGAACCGACGGUAUUUGAAAGCGAUUUAAUUGCCAUUCAGUACGAGAUUGAGAUCAAAGAGUUGCGCGAAGAGUGUCAACUGUUGUCGUUGUUGGCCAUCAAUGAGGUUUUGGUCACCAGAGAUGAGGAGCUAACGACCCGCAAGUAUCUGUCCGACAGUGACAAUGAUAAGCACGAAGACUCGGACAACAGUAACACCGAUAUUGAUGAGCCGAUGGACGUCGACAUCAAUGAAAAAUCACCAAAAGAUCGGAAAUCACGCAAUAAGUGUCACACCUGUGGCCGAAAGUUUACCGACGAACAGCUACUCAAAAGUCACAUGAAAUUGCAUCAAACGUUUAAUGGCCAACAGGUCCGGUGCGCUGAAGACGAGUGCGGCUAUCAGUUUAACGACAAACACGAGCUUAUAGAUCACAUCAGACGUGUUCAUCUCAAAAGAGGAGGACAUUCGGUAACACCUCAGUCAACGCCGAAAAAGCGACGCAACUAUCGGUGCAAUAAAUGCGGCGACGAUUACCAAUCGCCUCAAAGUCUGGUCGAACACCAGAAGACCGUCCAUCAGAUGGUCACUACAUAUAAAUGCAAAUAUUCCGGUUGUGAUGAAAAAUUUGAUAAAGUGCCCGAUUUGAGGGCACACGAGCGCCAGCACCGGGAGGGUGUCAUCAAAACUGAUUCUAAACCACCGAAACUCAGUGAUAACAGCAAACGGGUCGAUAGUCCCGAAUCUACUGUUCCUAAAUCAACGACAACGCCGGCGGCGGCCGCUGURGCCACAAAGUUUCGGUGCAAACACGACGGCUGUCCAGCCGAAUACAAGACACGGAUGGCGCUUAGAAAACACGAAGAGAAACCACAUUUUCAUGGUAUGUCUGUUACCGAUGUGUCGUCGUCGUCGUCGGCCAACAAAACGGGUGGUCCGAAUCAGUCAUCGAUGGAUAUGAAGUCGCGGUUAGAGUUGUUGUCUAUAUUUUACGCCGACCAACAACUGAAAACUGAAUUGUGAUAACAAACAAAAUUUAUUAGUAAAAUAAAAUCAUAUUUAAUCGACAUUUUAUAAGAGAUCACACAAUUGAUUCACAAAUAUA